AUGAUGUAUUUUAUUGGUUUAUCUUGUGUUGUUGUUUUUAUUGUUAUUUUAAAUAAUUGUCUUGCUACACCUCUCGAUGAUUAUGUUAAUACUCCCGAUCCAAUGUUUAGUUGGAAACGUCUUCAAACCUAUCCUUUUCCAACUUAUACACUUUUUAUCUUGAAUAUGACAUCACAACGAUGGUUUGAUGAUUCGCUUUCUUCACAACCAAUAUGGUGGCAUUAUAUGGCUAUUACAGUUCCAAAAAAUAUUCGUCGUUAUAAAACAGCAUUUCUACUAGUCAAUAAUGGUGAUAAUACUAAUCCAGUACCUACUAGCAAUCCGAUGACAGAUCUGGCAAUAAGUUCAUCCAGUGUUACAGCAACAAUAUGGCAAAUACCAAAUCAACCAUUUCAAUUUUGGGCUGAUCCAUUGGAAAAACUUCGUAGGGAAGAUGCACUUGUUGCAUGGACAUGGAAACAAUAUUUUGAUGCUAAUGGUAUGGAUCCUACAAUACUUCUCUAUUUUCCUAUGACUAAGGCAGUUGUACGAGCUAUGGAUACUAUUGAACAAUUCUUACAACAAGAACAUAUUACUGUACCACAAGAAUUUGUUGUUGGUGGUGCUUCCAAACGUGGAUGGACAACAUGGUUAACUGCUGCUGUCGAUAAUACAAGAGUAGUAGCUGCAGUUCCUAUUGUUAUGGAUUUACUUAAUAUUCGUCCAAAUAUGAUGUCACAUUAUCGGUCUCUUGGAGGAGGAUGGACAUUUGCAUUAGAUGAUUAUUAUGAGAUGAAUAUAACUCGCCAAAUGAAUAGUGCUAUUACGGAUAAACUAGCUGAGAUGAUUGAUCCCUAUUCAUAUUUGGAUCGAUACAGCAAAACCAAAAUCUUUCAACUUCAAGGUGCCGGUGAUGAAUUUUUUCUUCUUGAUUGCGAAAAUUUCUUCUGGAAUGAUUUGCAAGUAGCUACUGGAGGAUCUCAUUUGAGGCGAAUACCAAAUACUGGUCAUAAUAUACGAGGAUAUGAAGAGAGUUUAUCGAGCUUUUAUCUUAGUGCUGCUGAUCGAGUACCAUUACCAUCAAUGAAAUGGACUCGAACUAUGAAUGGAACACAUGGUUUUAUUCAUGUUACCAUUGAUUUUAGUUCUGGAAAACCAAAACCAACAACUGUUAGUGGUUAUCAAGCUCGUACUAGUGAUACAUUAAGACGUGAUUUUCGACAAGCAAAACUUGAUCAAACUACAGGUAAUCUUGUCGCUAAUCCUAUAGUGUGGGCGAAUACAGGUGUUCAGUUCCAGGGACAAAGUGGUACAACAGCUUCCUAUUUAUUAACAGUUUCUAUUCCAACCGAUGGUUAUUGGCUAGCUACAUUCAUUCAAGCUACAUUUGAUGGACGUCAAGGUACAACAUUGACUUUAACAACAGAAACUCUUAUUCUACCAAAUACGUAUCCGGUAAAUGAAUGCAAUGAUCAAGCAUGUUAUGGAACACUUGUUUAA